AUGCUGGGCCAGGCUCCCCCACCAGUUGCCACAACGGAGAGGCCAUGGGGCACAUGGGCUCAGGCAGCAUCUCUCCUUCGGGCUCAGAGGAUGACCAAAAGGGACAGAGGAAAGGCCGGCAGGCCAGGCCCGCCGGUGCGGACUGUGGCGCUACCCAGGGGCGAGCAGCGGGACCGGGGCAGCCGCGGCCACGGGCAGCCACCGCCGCGGGGCGACCUCCCGUGCUCGUUCCGGGGCCACCGAACACUCCCUCUCCCUCCACCGCCCACCCCCCCGCUGUCGGGCCCGCUGCCCGCCGGGCUGUCUCAGUGGUUCCCGGCGCUGGAGGUGCUGGACGUGAGUGGGACGGGGCUGACGGAAAUGGGCACGGAGCUGCUCUCCCUGCCGUGCCUCCACACGUUGCUGGCCAAGAACAACCGACUUGGCGGGCCCGGCUCUCUGCCCAAGGGGCUGGGGCAGGCGCCGCUCGCCCGCUCCCUCCGCGUCCUCAACCUCAGCGGGAACCGCUUCUCCGAGGUGCCGCCCGCUCUGCUGCAGCUCCGCGGGCUGCGCAGCCUCAGCCUCGGCGGCAACCGGCUCCAGGGCAUCCCGCCCGACAUCCAGGAGCUCCACAGUUUAGAGUUCCUGUACCUUGGAGGGAAUUUCAUUACGGCAAUUCCACCUGAAUUAGCAAAACUGCCUUCUCUGAGGUAUCUAGUUCUGUGUGACAACAAGAUCCAGAGCAUUCCACCUCAGCUGGCACAGCUGCAUUCCCUGCGUUCCCUUAGCCUGCACAACAAUCUGCUGACUUACCUUCCCCGAGAGAUCCUUAACCUGGUUCACCUUGAUGAGCUGAGCUUACGUGGGAACCCGCUGGUGGUGCGGUUUGUGCGUGACCUGACCUACAAUCCCCCGAGCCUUCAGGAACUGGCUGGACGCACGGUUAAAACUCGCAACAUUCCCUACACUCCCAGCGAUCUCCCAGAGGGUCUUGUCCGGUACCUGAGCUUGGCCAGCAACUGCCCCAAUCCUAAAUGCGGGGGUGUGUACUUUGACAGCUGCGUCAGACAGAUCAAGUUUGUUGACUUCUGUGGGAAGUAUCGGCUGCCGCUGAUGCACUACCUGUGCUCCCCAGAGUGCUCCUCUCCUUUCAGCUCUGCCUCCCAGAGCUCCACUUCCCAGAGCGAGUCUGACUCUGAGGAUGAGGCCAGCGUUGCUGCACACAGGAUGCAGAAAGUCCUUCUGGGAUAACAGAGAGCCAGAGGGGAAGACGGGAAGGGAGAUGGCAUUGAAAAGCAAUAAUGGAAUGGUGAAGCAUGAGCCACUGGCCUGAAGGGUUUCUGUGAAAUUGUACACAAGUCCAUGCAAGGACAGAACAUCUUAGCAAACCUGGACUUGCUUGGUGCGGUGCUGCUUAGGAGAUCUAACUGUAGGUUGCCUGGGGUUGUUAGAAAUGUCUUCUGGCUGGGAGGCACCCCCCUCCCUCAGACGGGCUGGGAAAGGGAUUUGUUCUCACUGGUGGAUUCAGAAGGAUUUUAAUAUAUGAAAGUUGACUGGACUUCAGUCAUCUGCAGAGCAAAGGAGACUGUCCACAUCCUUUAACAUUGUGGUAAAUUAGAAAUUAGAAAAUGAUGCCAUGUGAGUAUGUAUGGACCCCAGUGUUUCAUAAAGUUUGGUUCCUUUCUGUCUCCUUUGAUCUCAGUUGCAGAUUUUACACCCAUCCACUGAAAAUGAAAGUUGAAAUUUUUUUUAUUCAGGACUAGAUUUUUCCAGACUCUGGUUACCUUUCUUUUGCCUAGAGGUGUAGGGUUUCUAUACUGUUACACGUUAUAGCUAUCAUAGAACUGAGCCACCUUUUUUUUCUUCCUUGUUAUACUAAGCUGCUCUUAGUGUCUCCUUCUAACAAUAUUUGUUAUUUUUCCUCCUCCUUCCUCUUCCCAUUACACCUAAAGUGUUGCUGUCUUUAUGGUGCCUUCAGAAAAGAGACAAGUUGUUCUGUUGUAAUUGGUAUUACUUCAGACUUGUGGCCUGUGCAGGGGACCAGAUGUGAAGCUAUGUGUCAUACUUUUGAGUCUCAGCUUACUGAAUCAAAUCUACUUUUACAGCUGUGAAUUGCAGGAAUGGUCUCAAUUGACAUUUUUUUUUAUAAACAGCCAAAUUUCCCCACUGCAGUUUGCUCUGCUGUGCUUGGUGGAGUUACUUUCCAUCUUAAAGGUCACGUACCUAAGGUACAUAGCAGCUCAGUGAAAGAAAAGUACCCAGAGAAGUGCUGUGGAGAAUGUCUUUUUUCCUAAUUCGUAACAGGAGAGCUGGUAGGGAGGCAAAGGCAUGUUACCUGAGCUUCUUGCACAAGGUGCUUUGAAAUGUCUUCCUUAUUUAUUUGUUUGCAUUUGCUCUCGUGGCAAUAGCUUUGGCAGUCUGUUGAUGGUUCAAAUAACACGCUCAGUUAUCUUAAACUAUGUUUAAAGGAAAGCUGCAGAAAAUACCUCAGAAUUUUUAUGCAUCAAGAAAUACCUUAUAAAAUUAAUACUACAAAUUGACAGGUAUCUGUAAAUCUACUUUGUGAGGCUGCUGUGUGCUUCACUCAGUAAGAACUGCCUGUUUACUAGUAUUUCAUGGUAGACAGUCCUUUUGAUGCAGUUUGUGAUAGAGCAAAUCCAACUGUGCCUUUGAGUGCAUGAAUAGAGCAAAAUCAUCAUGUUAAGAAGUUGAAAUGAACAGGAAAAACUUUCUUAACCCACUUUGGACCUAUGGGGUAAUUUAAGAACCUGUGCUUCCUUCCUGCAUUCAGGUAACGCAUGUGCCUAUUUGAACAUCUUACGGCAGCUGUGUUAAUGGUCCUGUUUAAUUAUGUUUGACACUUUAUGUAUUAAAGCACUUCUAUAGUUCUGUUCUUUAUAACUAGCUUUAGUGAUUUUUUUUAUUAGACUACAGUUUUUGCUUUCAUGUAACCCGAAGAACAAGAUCUGUGAAACUUUUUAUGUUCCAGUCUGUCUCACAUGCAGGUUGAAUUUCCUGCCUUGUAUUUCCUUGACAGAACUCUUUAUUUCCCCCAUUUCCCUUGGAAAGAACUGGAAUUUAAAAGAAAUUACCAGAUAGUAAAAUAGUACCCUGUCCAUUAUUAAUCAUUGCAACUUAUUUUCCACACAUACAUGUGAUUCCCUGUGUGCAUUGAUCCACAAGGAAUUAAUUGCAUGUGCUCUAUGCCUUUCCAAGUAAUUUUUUAAAGUGUAUUUUUAAGACACAAUGAGUUGUAUGUGCCAAGCAACUGGAUGUCACUUUAGCAGAUUCUGUGAGGUCUGUUUGGGAAGAAGAAUCCACAGGUUUUGAGAGAAACCAAAUGCAUACUGUUAGUGAAGUUGCAGCCAGUGAGUGGCUUGUUUUGUUCAUCUCUUUCAGAUGCUUCUUGCUGUCCCAAGUGAAUAUAGUCACAGCAAUGCUGUAUGACAGUAAGAUGAUUCCAGAGCCACAAUUUUAACUUGCCUGCUGGUAUAACCAUAGCAAUCAACUGAGUGAUCUAGAGCUUGACACUCCUGCCAGCAAAAGUGAGCCACACAAGUUGAGAUCUCAAGAUCUUUUGAGCUCAGAGCCAUAAGGUACCACUUUCCUUUCUUGUCUUUAGCAGCAGCUGCCUUGAAGUCAUGCAUUUUUUCACUUCACAAAGCUAGAUUUCAUCAGAGUUCCUGUUUGCACAGUAGCACCUCUGUGUGUGAUGAGUUCAGACCAGUGGUGCUGUUCUAAUUUAGCUCGAUCCUUAACUGCAGUUUCUUUCCUAACAGGCGUCUCACUUCUGCCCAAAUAUUAUAUGGUCUAUUAGGGUAAAUUUUUUUUCACAGAUUCUUCACUGUAGCCAGGUCAAAACUUGAC